UUCAAUGUUUUCAAAUAUAAUACGUUGUAACUCCUUUGUGCUAAAUGCGUUUCAUAUAGACUCUAUAUGAUAUUCCGUCCUCUUUCCUCCCACACUAGUUGCAUAGUUAAGCUCAAAGAUUUCUAUUGGAACUAAUUUCUGCAGUCCCGCGGCAACACAUUCUAACCCACAUUGAUGUGUUUGUUUACAACAGAAAAACACUGCAACGCUGCUAUUAUGUGAUAUAUUUAUCAAAUCAAAUUAUAACAACAAUGCUGUGCCAUAAAAUUAGUAUAUUAUUCGUUUUGCUGCACAUAGUGAUAAUAACAAGUAGCGAGCAUCAUGCCAAUUUUCAGAAACCUACGGUCUUGAUCGGGAUUUUGGCUAGAAAUAAAGCUCACACACUGCCAUAUACAUUGAGCUUUUUAGAAAGUCUAAACUAUCCCAAGGAUAGAAUCUCAUUAUGGAUUCAAAGUGAUAAUAAUAUUGAUAAUACUAUCAAAGUAUUAAAUACUUGGAUAGACGAACAAGGAAGUAGCUAUCAUUCAAUCAAUGUUACUCUUGAUAAAAAGUCCAAAGGAUUUAAAAAUGAAGAAGGAAUUGCAGAUUGGGAUUCUUCUAGAUUCGAACAUAUUAUUUUGUUAAGAGAGAGAAUACUUGACCAAGCAAGAAGAAUGUGGGCAGAUUUUGUAUUUAUGCUAGACGCAGAUGUUUUUUUAACAAAUCCAGAUACUCUAAAUUUGUUGAUCUCACAAGAAAAACUAGUUGUAGCACCUUUGUUAAAAUCAGAUGGAAUGUACAGUAAUUUUUGGUCUGGUAUGACCGAUAAUUAUUAUUAUAAGAGAACAGAUGAAUACGAACCAAUUCUGAAUCGAGAAAAUCCUGACUGUCAUAUUGUUCCAAUGAUACACAGUGCGGUACUAAUUGAUCUUAGAAGGGAAGCUAGUAAAUUGCUAACUUAUGAUUCCAAAAAAAUAUCUAAUUAUGAUGGACCAAGAGAUGACAUAAUUACUUUUGCACUUCAAGCAAGUUAUGCAGAUAUUCCAUUGCAUGUUUGCAAUAAUGAAAUUUAUGGAUUCAUUAUGGUCCCACUGGAAAAACAAGAUAAACUAGAACAUGAUUACCAACAAUUAAUCAAUUUGAAACUUGAAAUGUUAGCCAUUGAUGAAAUAGAAAGUAUACCUAUUUCUAAGACUAUGAAACGCUUUGUCAUUUAUCCUCCUAAAGACAGAUUAGGACUUGAUAAAGUUUUCAUGAUAAAUCUUGAAAGAAGACCUGAAAGACGUAGUAGAAUGUUGUCAUGCUUUAACGAGCUUGGCAUAGAUCAUGAAAUUAUUGAUGCUGUAGAUGGAAGAAUGUUGAAUGAAAGCUUGUUAGAUUCGUGGGAAAUCAAAAUGAUGCCAGGUUAUAAAGAUCCUUUUCACAAUAGACCAAUGACAAUGGGAGAAGUUGGAUGUUUUUUAAGCCAUUACAUAGCUUGGAAUAAGGUUAUUGAGAGUGGAUAUCGAUAUUCUAUGGUUUUGGAGGAUGACGUAAAAUUUGAACCAUACUUCAAACAGAAAGUCUUAUAUAUUCUACAAGAAUUGGAAACUGUUAAAAAAGACUGGGAUUUAGUUUAUUUGGGGAGAAAACGAUUGCAAAAAGAUCCCGAAAAUUGGGUGGAAGGAUCUCAGUAUUUAGUACAUGCAGGAUAUAGUUAUUGGACAGUAGGAUAUUUACUAUCAGCUAAAGGAGCCAAAAAAUUGAUUAAUUCCAAGCCAUUACAAAACUUGAUACCUGUAGAUGAAUUUUUGCCCAUCAUGUAUGACAAGCAUACAAGAGAAGAAUGGAAACAAUUUUUUCCUGAAAGAAAUUUGGUCGCAUUAUCAGCUGAACCUCUCGUGAUAUAUCCAACGCAUUACACAGGCGAUGCAGGCUACAUAAGUGAUACAGAAAACUCCUCUCAGUUGCCCGAAAAUUCACGGGGCGAUAAUGGUAGCAAAGAAGAGCUUUAGGCUCAUAAAUUUUAUUAUGUAAGUUACAAGAAUCAAACAGUACAAACGUUUCUUUGAGAAACCGUGAACAGACUGAUUCAGCAAUUUUUUUAUUCACCAUGACAAAUGUCGAAUAAACAUUUUUUACAUUUUUCAAUUGUAAAAAAGUAUUCAAAUAUCCGACCAAAGAUGAGAUCGUAGUUUCCGACUAGUCUAUGUUUUGACAAGUGCCAUACACCAAAAAAAGAAUUUAUGUUAAAAUUUCGUUGAUGUUUGAAUUAUCAAAAAAAAAAAUAAGUUCAAAAAAGAUUAAGAGUUGCCAGUUAAUUUUCAAACCAUGUAAUGGAAUUGAAAAGUUUAUUUAUGAAGAUUUUGUACCUAAUGAAUGUGUAUGUUUGAAGCUUUGAUAAGAUAUAUUAAGUUUUGAAAUGUUUAUACCAUGUACGUCGAUAGUUAUUUAUCACUUAAUAUGUACAAAAAGUAAUUGGAAAAUUGAAUAAAAACGGUAGGAAACUGA